ACUGAACUCAAGGGCAAGGCACUGAGCAGACAGAAAACACCAUUCAUCUCAUCCGGACGGACAGGAGAGGAAGAUGAGUGAGCAGAGUAUCUGCCAGGCGCGGGCCUCGGUCAUGGUCUACGAUGACACCAGUAAGAAGUGGGUGCCCAUCAAGCCUGGACAGCAGGGAUUCAGCCGUAUCAACAUUUACCACAACACUGCCAACAACACGUUCAGAGUGGUCGGUGUCAAACUGCAGGACCAGCAGGUGGUAAUCAACUACUCCAUAGUGAAGGGCCUCAAGUACAACCAGGCGACCCCGACCUUCCACCAGUGGCGGGAUGCCAGGCAGGUCUAUGGCCUCAACUUCGCCAGCAAGGAGGAGGCGACCACCUUCUCCAAUGCCAUGCUCUUCGCCCUUAACGUCCUCAGUGCUCAGGAUGGAGGUCCAGCCGUCCAGCGCCAAGUCCAGAAUGGACCGACUUCAGAUGAGAUAGAAGCUCAAAGAGCGAGGCAGAUGAUCGAGCAGCAGCAGCAGAUGCAGGCACACAUGGAACGGGAGCGACGGUCCUCGAACUCAGGUUCUCCUUUCCAAGGCCACCCUGCUGUGCUCUCUGUGGCACCACCAGUAGUACCUCCCCCAAUGAACAUGGGUGGGCCUCCUCCCCCUCCACCACCGCCAGGACCUCCACCACCUUCAGCAGGGGCACCCCAACCUCCUCUCCCACCGCCACUACCCAUAGGUGGAGGGAGUCAUGGGGAAGAGCCCCCUGCACCAACGGGACUCGCCGCUAUGAUCGCUGGAGCCAAACUGCGGCGCGUACAAAGACCUGAGGACAGCUCUUCGGGCGCCAAAAAUGAUGCCAACCGAACGAGUGGAGGGAGCGGAGGACUGAUGGAGGAGAUGAACGCUCUGUUGGCACGAAGAAGGAAAGCAGCUUCAGAGAAGCCUGAGGACAGCCAAAAUGAUGACCCCAAUUCUCCGUCACCCAGCACCCGGGGUGGACAGAAUGCCACAGAUGGGGCAAAGAAGCCGUGGGACCGAGCUAACUCUGCAGACAGGUCAAUGGUUUCAAGGGUACGGCCCGUGGGGAGUGGCAGUGACACAGACUCAUUAGACCUCGAUAAAAUGAAACAGGAAAUCUUGGAAGAGGUGUUCCGUGAAUUGCACAAAGUGAAGGAUGAAAUCAUCGAUGCCAUCAGAAAUGAACUCAGUCGAAUUAGCACGACAUAAUCUUUAAGAGCCACUCCCCGACAUGAACCACCUUUUCGAACCAUUUCCCCUGAAGCAGCUGCUGUGGCCCUGAGGAGUAGGAGAGGUCAGGGACGGAGGCCCUAACUGUGAUAUCUACUUAUCCUGUUCAGCUGUGGUGUUGAAGCAAUGCAGCAAUGUUGGUCUAACACCUCAGACAUGUCUGUGUAACUUUGGUUUGUUUGGAGAGAAAGAUGUGAAUGGGGCAAACUCUCGCACUGAUUACUCUGAUUUCGUAACAUUUUUUGUCUGUUCGUCAGCCCAGUUUGCCCCUCUUUCCUCAGCCUAAAGGAAAACGGAUCAAAUUCAUAUGAUAUUAUUUGUUUUGCUUUUUUCAUAGGUUUGUUUUAAAUGUUUUUUUUUUGUAUUAUUACAAUCAUUUUCAUUAUUAUUACUAUCAUUUUUUAUGAUUGUCAAUGUAAUGUUAAUAUGAGUAGUAGUAGUGUAGUGAGUACAAUGGUAAUAAUGAGGAAAUGAUAAUGAGAAUAUGAUAGUAACAAUAAUGUUGAUAAUUAUUAUUGCACAUCAUUUUAAUGUCAGCCUUUUGUAUUUUAUAUUGGUUCUUUUCAUUUGGUUUCAUUUUAGAUACACUUGCAAGCACAUCCAAAUUUUUUUCUCAUCAUAUGACCUGGAAAAUUUUUUUAAAAGGUUUUUUAUCCUUUUCACCAACACAGCUAUGCGUGGAACCAUGGCAGAAAAAAAAAAAACAGGCUCAGACCUGAAACCAAGGGUGGAAUAAACUUCUUUGGAUAUUGCAAUCGUAUUAAAAAAAAAAAAAUCAAAUAAUACACCAGAGUAUUUGUGAUCAUGUUGUUAAUAAAAUGUUUAUUGGCUGCAAGGAUAUGGUAAAGUAUUGUUCAUUUUAUUUUCUCCUUUUAUGACAAAGUGCUUCCUGGUUUGAGAACAAGAAAAAGAAACGCACUAAGUUUAAAAUGAAUUCAAAUAAAACUGUGAAAAAUG